GAUAUAUCAACGCCAUCUAACCCCAAAUUCCAAACCCCCCUUUUAUCACUUUCGCCGAAACUCUUCUCCAAGUCUUCCUUUUUCUCCUUCCCGAUCUACUUCUUCGCAGAUUUGUAAUUGAAUAAUCGAAGAAGAGAAAGGAUGUUUGGACGAAGCGCCCCGAAAAAGAGCGAUAAUACGAAAUACUAUGAGAUAUUAGGUGUUCCGAAAACCGCUGCUCAGGAUGAUCUUAAAAAGGCUUACCGGAAAGCUGCCAUUAAAAACCAUCCCGAUAAGGGCGGUGAUCCUGAAAAGUUUAAAGAGAUUGCCCAAGCAUAUGAGGUAUUGAGUGACCCGGAGAAGCGUGAGAUAUAUGAUCAGUAUGGCGAGGAUGCAUUGAAGGAGGGAAUGGGUGGUGGAGGCGGUGGGCAUGAUCCCUUUGACAUUUUUCAGUCUUUCUUUGGAGGAAGUCCCUUUGGUGGUGGUGGUGGUAGCAGCAGGGGAAGAAGGCAACGAAGAGGCGAAGACGUUGUCCAUCCUCUUAAAGUUUCUCUUGAGGAUCUCUACAAUGGGACUUCCAAAAAGCUAUCUCUUUCACGUAAUGUGCUCUGUUCGAAGUGCAAAGGAAAGGGUUCAAAGUCAGGUGCUUCCAUGACAUGUGGUGGUUGUCAAGGUUCUGGAAUGAAGGUGUCUAUCAGGCAUCUUGGACCAUCUAUGAUCCAGCAAAUGCAACAUCCUUGUAACGAGUGCAAGGGUACUGGAGAAACCAUUAACGACAAGGAUCGAUGCCCAGCGUGUAAGGGUGAGAAGGUGGGGCAGGAAAAGAAGGUGCUUGAAGUCCAUGUGGAGAAAGGGAUGCAGAAUGGGCAGAAGAUCACUUUCCCUGGAGAGGCUGAUGAAGCUCCUGACACAGUUACUGGUGAUAUUGUGUUUGUUCUACAACAAAAAGAGCACCCUAAGUAUAAGCGAAAGGGUGAUGACAUAUUUGUUGAGCACACAUUGAGCUUGACCGAGGCCCUCUGUGGGUUUCAGUUUAUCUUUACUCAUUUGGAUAAUAGACAGCUUCUCAUCAAAUCUCAACCUGGAGAGGUUGUCAAGCCUGAUUCAUUCAAAGCAAUAAAUGAUGAAGGAAUGCCAAUGUACCAGAGGCCGUUUAUGAAGGGUAAGUUGUACAUCCACUUCACUGUGGAAUUCCCGGAAUCCUUGACCCCAGAGCAAUGCAAGGCAUUGGAGGCAGUGCUGCCACCUAAGCCUACAACACAGAUCACAGACAUGGAACUGGAUGAAUGCGAGGAGACUACUCUCCACGAUGUCAACAUUGAAGAGGAGAUGAGAAGGAAGCAGCAACAAGCUCAAGAAGCAUAUGAUGAAGAUGAUGACAUGCCUGGUGGAGCACAAAGGGUACAAUGUGCACAACAAUAAUUGAGGCAUGGCUAUGGGGUUAAGGUUUGCUCGUCUAUAGUUGUUCGUAAGACAAUAAUGUCAGUUGUAUUUUUCUUUCUAUAUACUGCUAUCUGUUUUGAAUUUUAAUAUGUAUGGAUAAUCUUUACUGAUUUGGGAAACUAUCUGGGGAUGCUCCAUUUUCCUUUCUGCUA